AUGGCCGAUCCCCCGCGACGCCCCCUCUCCGAGCGUGACCUCAACCUCAACUUCAAAGCCACGUUCAGCGACGAGGUCCUCCCCUUUACGAUAUCUGUGUCGGAGGAUUUCCUCGGCCUCACGAGACUCAAGGCCUCCCUGACGCGCUUCGUCGACGACCAAGACCAACCGGACCACGAAGACGGGCCGCCGCGACGCUCCGCCGAGGCCAUCGCCAAGUACUGGAGCGAAUCGUACGACUGGCGACGGGUCGAAGCGAGUCUCAACGGCCGCCUCAAGCAAUUCACGACGAUCGUCCACACGGCCCAGACGGCGCUGCACCCGUACCCGGAGCCGGUGCCUCUGCACUUCGUCCACCACCGGUCCCCGCGCGCGGACGCGAUCCCGCUGCUCUUCGUGCACGGGUGGCCCGGGUCGUUCGUCGAGGUCCUGGACGUGGUCGAGCGGCUCACGAACCCUCCCAGCGCCUCCCACUGCGCGUUCCACGUCGUCGCGCCCUCGAUCCCCGGCUACGGCUUCAGCCCCGCGCCGCGCGCCCCGGGGUUCGGGUACCGGCAGGCCGGGGCGACGUUCCACGCCCUGAUGACCGCGAGGCUCGGCUACGGGCGCUACGUCUUCCAGGGCGGCGACGCCGGCGACUUCAUCAACCGCUACGCGGCCGUCGACUUCCCGCGCAGCGUCGUGUCGGGCCUGUCGAACUUCUGGGUCGUGCCCCCGUCGCCCGCCGACGUCGAGCGCCACGCCCGCCGCGAGACCUCGGACGACGAGGCGUACCUGAUCGAGCUGUACCGGCGCUUCACGAGCCAGGCGUGGGCGUACGGCCACCUCCACCAGACCCGUCCGCUGCGUCUCGCCGUCGGCCUCACAGACAGUCCUGUCGGCCUGGCCAUGUGGAUCUACGACGCCGUCCGAACGGGCGUCGACCGGCCGGACGACAUCUGGACGCCAGAGCGCCUGAUCACCUGGACAAUGAUGCACUGGGUCAACGGACCGUACGGGGCGUUUGGCCUGUACAAGAAUGGUGCAAAGGACGGAGCGAUCUCUCCAAUAGGGAUAAACAUGCUCCCGUACGUCCAUCAACCUGUCGCCAUCUCCGAGUUCCCGUAUGACCUGUGGUACCGGACACCUCUGGAAUGGGCUCGGCGGUGUGGAAACGUCAAGUACCGCACCGUCCACGACCGAGGGGGCCACUUCGCGUCGCUGGACGCGCCGGAUCUGCUUCUCGAAGACAUAUGGCGGUUUUUUGGAGACAGGGAAGUCUCCGGGACCAAAGUCUUCUUUGAGAAUGACACAAAUUGA